GACAACCCCUUUAUUAGUGACUGAUCUUGUGCUAUUCAGCUGCACCCUGUGCACACAAGUUUAAACUCGCGCUCUGGAUUUUGAACCUCAGAGAACUGAAGUUUCGUUUCUCUCUUCCUCUAUUAGCCAUGGCGUCUGCUGAUCUGAGAGCUGAGCUGGACUGCUCCAUCUGUCUGCAGACCUAUACAGAUCCUGUAAUGCUGAGAUGUGGACACAACUUCUGCCGGGUCUGUAUUGAUUGUGCACUGGAUACACAGGACGAGUCUGGGGUUUAUACCUGUCCUGAAUGCAGAGAAGAGUUUCAGGAGCGGCCUGCACUGAUGAGGAACUUCGCUCUGCGUAACAUUAUGGCGAAUUUAUUGGUUACUCAACAUAAAGAGACGGAAACCGGGAUUUUGUGCACUUACUGUGUGGACUCUCCUGUACCUGCUGUUAAAUCCUGUCUACACUGUGAGGCUUCUCUGUGUAAGAAACACCUGAGAGUUCACAGCAAGUCAUCAGAACACGUCUUAUCUGACCCCAGCACUUCCCUGGAGAAGAGGAAAUGUUCCGUCCAUAAGGAGAUCCUGGAGUAUUACUGCACCGAGGACUAUGUUUGUAUCUGUGUGUACUGCAGUUUGGUUGGAGAACAUCAGGGACACCAGGUGGUGGUGCUGGAUGAGGCCUCUGAGAAGAAGAAAGGGAAACUGAGAAAUAUUUUCCAGAAACUGACCACAAAGCGACAGAAGACUGAGAAAAGAGUCCAGAAUCUGGAGGAACGCUGGAGAAAAGCACAAGAAAAGGCAUCUGGAGAAACAGAGAGAGUCACUGCCCUGUUUACAGACAUCAGGAGACGACUGGACGACCUGGAGAAGAGGGUCCUGAACGAGAUCUCCAGGCAGGAAAUGGAAGAAUCACUCUCAUUCUCUUCUCUGAUCCAGAAGCUGGAAAUAAAGAAGGACGAGCUGUCCCGGAAGAUGGGACACAUUAAGGAGCUGUCUAACAUGACUGAUCCACUGACUGUCUUACAGGAACCAGAUACAGGAGACUUGUGUGAUCCUGAGGAGGAAGGAGGUGAUGACAUGAAUAGAUGUCUCCAUGAUGUAGAUGAUCUGGAUGUGGCUGUGAUCUCAGACAAAUUACACACGUUAUGUGACAUAAUAAGAGAUAUAAGGAGAGGGAUCUAUAUGGAGGGUCCUGGAGACAUAUUACUGGAUGUAAACACAGCUGGUAAUAAUGUCCUUAUAUCAGACGACCUGAAAACUGCAACCUGGACACAAAAUAAUCAGAAUCGUCCAGAAAGAGCAGAGAGAUUCCAGAAUAAUCAGGUGAUGAGCAGCAGGAGAUUUACCUCAGGGCGACAUUACUGGGAUGUGGAGAGCAGUAGAUCAGUGGGUUGGAGUGUGGGGAUGUGUUAUCCCAGUAUAGACAGGAGGGGGCGUCAGUCAUUCAUUGGGGAUAAUAACAAGUCCUGGAGUUUGAGGAGGUGUUAUAAUCAGUAUUCAGUGAGACAUGACGGUAAAGAGAUCCGGUUACCUGACGAGAUCUCCAGUGAUAGAGUCAGGAUAUGUCUGGACUAUGAGGCCGGGCAGCUGUCCUUUUAUGAGCUGUGUGACCCCAUCAGACACUUACACACCUUCACUGCCACCUUUACCGAGCCCCUUCAUGCUGCAUUAUUUGCAUGGAGCGGUUCUAUAAAGAUCUAUGGUGGGAGGUGAAACCUGCCAAAAAUAAAAUGAUAACGAAAAACAUGAAAUUCUAAUUCAAAUCCCAAUUUGACAUUUCAUUUUCAACCCAUGUCUGCCAAAAUGAAAAGUAUAAUGCAUUUCUUCCCUUUGAAUUUUCAUUCCCAGCUCCAGUGUGGGUAAUAUGUGGCAAAAAUAAAUGUAAAAUUAAAUAGCCUUUUGGCUUUUUAAAUUUCAACUUUGUCAAUGAAUUAUCAUGUCCCCAUAGUGCUAUUUUCCAAUCAAAAUUAUAAAUCAAAUGAAAAACCUAAAAUACAACUUAAAAAAGGUAAUUUGAGAUUUCAGUUUCAUCUCUUGUAGACAUUUUCACUGCCAAAAUUCAAAUCAAAAUGAAAAAUGCCACUUGCCAUAUAACAUUUUCAUUUUAAUAUUGUCCAAAAUUCAGAUUCAUACAACUGAGCAGUAGUGGGCCUGGGUUAAUAUGCGAAAUGAGACUGAACAGACAGUGACUGUCCAAAAGAGGGCGCUCUGCUUCUACACAAUUCUAAUAGGUCGCACACCGCUACAGAUCAGAACGCGUUUAGAAUUCCAAUAGAUGGCGCUGAGAGGAAAAUGAUGCUAGUGUGCAGAGUGAAUGGCAUAAGACUAUGAAUCCAAUAGAUGGCGCUGAGAGGAAAAUGAUGCUAGUGUGCAGAAUGAAUGGCAUAAGACUAUGAAUCCAAUAGAUGGCGCUGAGUGGAAAAUGAUGCUAGUGUGCAGAGUGACUGGCAUAAGACUAUGAAUCCAAUAGAUGGCGCUGUGACACAAAGGGAUACAAUACAUUGAAUAAC